UAUGGUAUCUAGUAAAAUAGUUAUUGUUCCUGGUUAAGAAUUUAAUAAUAUUUUAUCUUUUAAAACUAGUCACAUACAAUGUUGUCUACCCAAAUAUCUGCUGCACGCUAGUUUUCCUCUUUAUUGUUAAGUUGUUAAAUUUUUCAUAAUAUUGACUGGUAGUUUUCUGUAACUGGUUCUCUAAAACUUUCAUGUUCACACCAAAUAUCAGAUGUGUAAACAGUUAAUUGUGCAAUCCUCACUUGACUCUUUGGUUUUAUGGGAUUCAAUAAAUACUAUCAUCAAAUGUUAAAGACAUGUAUUUUUGCGUUUAAAACACCUUUAUUUCCCAAUGUGUUCACAGCCGACGUAUUCUUCUGUGUAACUGGAGAGAACAGUCACUUGCUCCAUUUUGAGACUGCCUGGCUGGACUCACUACAUUUUUACGCAAUAACAAGGGGACACCGUCACACUGACAUCUGGGUUGGGCUGGGGGGCUGGGCGUGUUGCAGACGCACCGAGACGUUGCAGCGCAUUGCGCGGCUGGUGACCAGGUGACGUUGCGUUAUCAGCCCGCUUAUCGCUGGCUCAGUUUGGCGUCGGCCGGUGCCGAGCGUUCCGAGCCGCGGCGGAGCGGGGCCCAGUGACUCGCGUGGGCUCGGCGCGUGCUCGCCCAUCUCGUCCAUCUCCACGACGCACAUCGUGCCGUGCGAAGCGUCGCGCCUCCGAGGGAAGCCCAGGACCGUGUGGUUUGCGGAGAUGGCGCUCGGUCGCGGCGAGUGGCUCUUCGCCGUGGCGCUGGUGACGGUGUUGGUGACCGCGGCCGUGGCUGUUGACUUGCGCAAUGACACGUCGCCGGUGCCGACCCUUGUCGGGCGCCCCGCUUCUGUAGAACCAGCCCCGCCGCCCCCCGCCGGUCCUGCGGCGCCUGCACCUACGGUGGCACCUGCACCCACGGCGACCAUCGCUGCCGCCACUCCAGUUGCGCCCAAGGACGCCAAGGACGCCAAGGACCGUAAGGACCCUGGGAGGAGACCGGAUUCUAAAAAGGAUCGGCCACCGCCGCGCGGAAAGGGGCUCGAUGCGACGCCCGCCCCCGCGGCCCCUGCGGCCUCCACACCCGUGACCCCCGCGCUGCCCCCUACAAAGCCGUCACCAUCCAGCGGAAACAAGCCUGUGGUGGUGGUGGUGGACGCUGGGUCGAAAGCCGCCCCCGGGGCAGCAGUGAAACCACCUGUGGGCGGCCCCCCUCAGGUGGAGGUCAAGAAGGCGCCGCCGCCCGUGGUGUCUGAGAGUCGCGGCAAAGCUGGACCCAGGGUGGGCGCGUCCCUGGUGCCGGGCCUGGGCGCGGAGGACAUCGAGGAGAUUGAGGAGGUGGAGGCGACCACGCGCUCCCCAAAGCUGGACGUCGAAUGGUUCAACCCGCCAAAGAGGCCGCCACCACCCACCACUGACGACGAGGACAUCGACGUCGGGUACGACGAACCCGAAGACCUCAAGCCCUCCACCGCCCCGACAACUGCUGCCACAACCCCUACUUCCACGUCGACAUCGACAACCACGACUACCACGACUACCACAACAACGACUACCACGACCACGACCAUCGCCCCCACGACGCUCCCCACCUCCACUACGUCUACCUCGGCCUCCACCACGGUCGCGGUUGUCACCGCCGACGGGAACGGCACCACGAACGUGACCACCGAGCCGCCCUUCCGACCCGUCGUGCCCAAGUGCUGUCCGCCGGGCCAGCGCGUGCUCAGCGAGAAGAAGACGUGCGUGGAGAGCCCACUCGAGUUCAUACCGCCCUUCGUCGAGUACGAGGAGGAGCUGUCGGAGGCCGCCCUCGACGGCUCGCUCAUGUACUACGACGAUGAGGACGAGGCGGACGCAUACCCGGAGGAGACCGUCAUCACGGAGGGCGAGGGCUACGACAUGCUCGUCGGCAACCCCUGCCGCCACGGCCGCUUCCGCCUCGAGCCGCACGUGGACAGCCGCGACGAGUUCUACCUGUUGGCCAACGGCUCGCUCAUCGUGCCCUUCCUCUACGACCACCCCCUCGGCACGGACGAGUUCUGCAUGGACGUGUUCCCGGACACGGACAACGGCGACGUCAUGAUCCUGCCGCUCAUCUGCUUCCCGCCGCCCGAGGGCCCGAGACGCAGCGGGCUCCAGUUCAUCCUGUACCCCAUUGGCUUGCUGCUAUCCGUGCCCUUUCUAGUGACGACCUUCAUCCUGUACGCCAUGACGCCGGCCCUGCGCGACGUGCACGGCAAGGCGCUCAUGUGCCAGGUGGUGUGCUUGUGCGUGGCCUACCUCACCCUGGCCUUCGUCCAGCUGUGGGGCUCUUCCCUCAACGGCGGCUUCUGCUUCGGCGUCGCCUGCAUCGUCCAGUUCUCGUUCGUCGCCUGCUUCCUCUGGCUGAACGUCAUGUGCAUCAACACGUGGUACAACAUGGCGCUGAGGCCGGCGCAGCGCUGGUGCCGGCGCACGGAGCGGCGCCGCUUCGUGCUCUACUCCAUGUACGCCUGGUCGCUGCCCUGCGUGCUGCUUGGCGUCACCCUCGUCAUGGACCUCACGCCCACCAUCCCGUCGUCCUACGUCAAGCCGCGCUUCGGGGUCGACUUCUGUUGGUUCCAAACUGAUCGAGCCGCCCUGCCGUACUUCUACGCGCCCGUGACGUUCCUCGUCAUGAUGAACGUGGUCCUGUUCGUGCUGACUGCCUGCAGCGUGCAUCGCCGACGGCGGAGGAGCGCCCUCGACGCCAGCGUCACCCCCCUCACCAAGGACACCUGCUACACGCGGCAUUCCACCACUGCGUGAGUCCCCCCUUUUUUCCCCCUCUUUUUGUUGUUGUUGUUGUUUGUUGUCUCCCCUGCUCAGCCGCCCUUAUUCGACCUCGGCGUUUUACUAUUCGCUCGCACGCAGAUCAGCAGCGGGAGCGUGCCGUAAAAUUAUUUAUCAGGUCGGAGCGCGUUCCGAACACGAGCCCACGAGGAGCCUCCUCCCCUCCGGACGGGAUGGGACGGGGUGGGCCGGGCGGGCUCUCGGGCUGGGCCUUGCACGUGUGCCCCGGGAGAGACAAAUGCAGUAAUCAUCCACUCCCAGCCGAGAAAGGCGCGCCUAGCAGCAGGGGCGGGCCCCCUUCUCUCUGCUGCUGCCUGCCGUAUUCGGAGUCGACGGGGGCAUGGCGGGCGAGCCAUUCAAUUCAGUUUCGCCAU